CACAGUUUUAUAGAGGGUCCUGGCUCUUGAAAAUUGGGGUCACAAAAGAAUUAACAACCAUCAUUCGCGGCACUGCAUAAAUUUGUUACUAAAUUAUAAAAAGGAAAGAUAUCCAACAAUCACUGGAUUAUAAAGGAAGAAAAAAGAAGAGUCAUAUUGCGUUAAAAAAUUGGAUACCUUUAAAGGAAAGAAAGCUUGGAUGCCUUUUACAGGAUAAAGACAGUACAAAGAUCGCACAGCACUCACACAGCAAAAAGUGUCAAAUACUAUGGCGACCAAUGUUGUUGACAGUCCCAGCUGUGAGUUUGUUGAAAGCGAUGUCAUAGAAAUCAUCCCUGCAGACGAAUAUGACUCGAAUCGGGUAAGUAUUGAUAAUAAACAUUUAUUAACAGCAGUAGGAAGUAUCAGCUUCAACUUAAUGGCUUAAAGCACAAAUAUAUUCUAUUUCAUUCAGGCUUACUCUUAGUCUUAGACUAACUUAGACUUUAAAUCAUGUCAUUCAUUUAUUGGAAAUUGGAUUGAUUCUUUAUCCUUUACUUCAAAUGACAUAAUUGUCAUAAUUAGUAUGAAAUGUUGAUAGCAUUCCGAUUGAUUCAAAAGUCAAAAUCUCCAGUUAAGUUUGUUUCAUUUUCUUCUCUCUGUUUAUAUAAUAAUAAUGCCUAUAUUUAUAAAGUAUAAGUCAUAUCUAAUUCAGAUAAUGUCACAUUUUAAUUUUAAUAACUUAUUCCCUUCCCUCGAAACAACAAAAAAAAAAAAGCCAACAUUGUAUGUAUUGUUAAUUUUAUGUAAACCAUCAUUUAUUGUUAUUUUUAAUUGUAAUUUCCAUCUUUUUUGUUUGUUGUUGUUACUCUUCCGUGAAAACUUCUUUAUUUAAUAUUUUUUUGCACGUAGCUUAUCUUCUAUAAAGUUAAUAUCAUAAAUUAUGUUUUAUAAUAUCCUUUAAUGGAAAAAUUUAAUUUUAACAUUGAUGUAAUGAUAUUGUGAGUACAAAUAGUUAACAUUUACAAAAAUGAUAAAUAUUUCAAUUACUUAUAAGGUACCUAAUUUAGAUAGCCAACAUAAAUCGAGGAGUUCCAAAAUGUAAGUUCAAUAUUUCUAUCACCAUGGUGUCAGGACAACAUGCCAGAAUGGCUACUGGAUGAUUAUGAUGAAGAUCUAUCAUUGUGUAAUUGUGGCAGUAAUGCCCAGUGUUGUUUGGGAUACUUAUAAUUUUAUAAAAAUAUCAUCCACAGGACAAAUUAAAUUGGCACCCACACUGUCUGAUUUAACUGACCAGUUAAAUUUAAAUGUUUUUUUUUUUUAAUUUUAAAUAUUUUAUAGAAAUAAAAUAAUCCUGCAAAAUCUUAUGAUGAUGCCACCUUUAAGAUACAACAUUAUGCUACCCAUCUGGCCAAAUUUUCUGAAGUGAACACUGACAUGGUUUGCUGAAUUCACUUGUAACACCUAUAAAACAUAAGUGUUCCAAGAUAUAAACAUUGUUAUUUCCAAUUAAACAACUCGUGAAAUUAAAUAACAGUUGUUUUUUUUAUACUGGGUGCAUGGUAGAGAUAAAUAAUAGAAUAACAAGUUGAGUCUUUUUAAAUUAGAGUGUUUAUCCCCUUAAAUUGGCGUACAGACUGUUUUCCUCAACUAUAGACAAUUUCACAUCAUCCCUGCAAGGAAUUUAUCUGAAGAGAUAUAAAUAUCUUAAAUGUUUUUAACGGCCUUAUUUCCUAAAGCCUUUUCUUUUAUUCAACUACUGUAUAAAAGGAAUGCCCUUUCAGCUAUUUUGAAGUAUUUUUUCAUACAAGGCAUGCUGUUUUAUUUAAACGUAGCAAUACAUCUUGUCACAUUCUUUAAUAUCUUUCAUCAAUAAGGGUACAUCCCAAUGUCAUUCAGUGUUACAUGUGACUUCGCUUCCAUGCUCCAGGGCCUUUUGGGAAUUUCACGCUUGUUAUUUCGAAAGGAGCUUGCUGCUAAUCAGUUGUAGUUGUCUUUAUACACUGCACAAGUUUUCUCUAUUAAUUGAAACUUUACAACUUAAAUCAGUUGAUUAUAUGUACCCUUGGUCACAAUGUUAACACAAACACACAUGCACACACACACACACACACACACACACACACACACACAAAGAAAUAAUGUGGCCCAUUAUUUCCAGCCCCUAUGAAAAUGGCUACAUGACUGGAUUGUAAAUCAAUUCUACUGCCAUAUGAUUCUUGUUCCUGCUGAGGCUUUUCAGAGAAGCUUUAUUCUGACAAAAGGGACUGAAACUUUAUGAAUCAAAUAGAUGAGAAAGUGUGAAAGCUUUAGUCAGUGAAAAGGAAAAGACACAAACGUUAUGUGGUGGUGGGGGGGGGGGCGCUGUAAACAAGUGUUGGAGAAAAGUUGUUUUGCCCAAAAUGGAGUGUUUUCUUGUGACAUAGCAUGGGUUGUAAAAGGGACUGAAACUUUAUGAAUCAAAUAGAUGAGAAAGGGUGAAAGCUUUAGUCAGUGAAAAGGAAAAGACACAAACGUUAUGUGGUGGGGGGGGGGGGCGCUGUAAACAAGUGUUGGAGAAAAGUUGUUUUGCCCAAAAUGGAGUGUUUUCUUGUGACAUAGCAUGGGUUGACCCUAUAUUUAACAUAUGUGAGGAUUGGGCUAAAAGCCAUUUUAAAAAAAUUAAAAAAUCUUAUAAUUAGUAAUAGGGCCCCACAGUUGAGACCUACCCUUAGUAAAGUAGGUUUAUAUUUAAAUUAGCCAAUGUAAAAAUAAACUGACCCAGAUCUGUCAUAACUGGCUAUGAAAUGUGCAUUCACUGGAACACACUGUGUUAUGUUUGUGGUUUCUCUACUGCUUGUAUUUGUGAAUGUCUUAUAGGGCUUUGAGAAAAAAAAAUAAAAGGAGGAUUGGGAGCGGUGGAUUCUUGUGAUUUGAAUAGUCAUUUUGUCAUGUAUUAUAUUUACAUUGUUAUAAAUGUCAUCAACAUAGUUCCCACAUUAUCACAUAUCGGUAGGCUAUUGCUUGUUCAAAGAUGGGGGAUCAGUUAUUUAGACAUCUUACAUUGGUUGGUGUCUUGGUUGAGUUCGCUUGAUGAGCACUGCUUGGAAUAAUGAUGAGGUGAAAUAGGAGUCCAGCGCACUGAUUGCCUGUUGCAGGUCACACCACUUUGUUUUUCAUCAUGUAGUAGCAGUGCUGAUUGUCAGGUGGGUCUGCUACAGCUCAUUUGAUAACAUGAGUCAUGUCAUGUAAGUCAAAGAUCAUGGCCUGGACAAUAUUGUUCUUAAUUAUUAAUAAGGUCACAUACAUUCUGAUAGGACUGUAACUACAAGGCCACAUACAGUCUGAUAAAACUGUAACUAUAAGGCCACAUACAGUCUCAUACAACUGUAACUAUAAGGCCACAUACAGUCUGAUAAAACUGUAACUAUAAGGCCACAUACAGUCUCAUACAACUGUAACUAUAAGGCCACAUACAGUCUAAUACAACUGUAACUAUAAGGCCACAUACAGUCUGAUACGACUGUAACUAUAAGGCCACAUACAGUCUGAUACCACCGUAACUAUAAGGCCACAUACAGUCUCAUACAACUGUAACUAUAAGGCCACAUACAGUCUGAUACGACUGUAACUAUAAGGCCACAUACAGUCUGAUACCACCGUAACUAUAAGGCCACAUACAGUCUCAUACGACUGUAACUAUAAGGCCACAUACAGUCUCAUACAACUGUAACUAUAAGGCCACAUACAGUCUCAUACAACUGUAACUAUAAGGCCACAUACAGUCUGAUACGACUGUAACUAUAAGGCCACAUACAGUCUCAUACAACUGUAACUAUAAGGCCACAUACAGUCUCAUACAACUGUAACUAUAAGGCCACAUACAGUCUGAUACGACUGUAACUAUAAGGCCACAUACAGUCUCAUACGACUGUAACUAUAAGGCCACAUACAGUCUGAUACGACUGUAACUAUAAGGCCACAUACAGUCUCAUAUAACUGUAACUAUAAGGCUACAUACAGUCUCAUACAACUUUAACUAUAAGGCUACAUACAGUCUCAUACAACUGUAACUAUAAGGCCACAUACAGUCUCAUACAACUGUAACUAUAAGGCUACAUACAGUCUCAUACAACUGUAACUAUAAGGCUACAUACAGUCUGAUACAACUGUAACUAUAAGGCCACAUACAGUCUCAUACGACUGUAACUAUAAGGCCACAUACAGUCUCAUACAACUGUAACUAUAAGGCCACAUACAGUCUCAUACAACUGUAACUAUAAGGCCACAUACAGUCUCAUACAACUGUAACUAUAAGGCCACAUACAGUCUGAUAAAACUGUAACUAUAAGGCCGCACACAGUCUCAUACGACUGUAACUAUAAGGCCACAUACAGUCUCAUACAACUGUAACUAUAAGGUCACAUACAGUCUCAUACAACUGUAACUAUAAGGCCACAUGCAGUCUCAUACAACUGUAACUAUAAGGCCACAUGCAGUCUCAUACAACUGUAACUAUAAGGCCACAUACAGUCUCAUACAACUGUAACUAUAAGGCCACAUACAGUCUCAUACAACUGUAACUAUAAGGCCACAUACAGUCUCAUACAACUGUAACUAUAAGGUCACAUACAGUCUCAUACAACUGUAACUAUAAGGCCACAUACAGUCUCAUACAACUGUAACUAUAAGGCCACAUACAGUCUCAUACAACUGUAACUAUAAGGCUACAUACAGUCUCAUACAACUGUAACUAUAAGGCCACAUACAGUCUGAUACCACCGUAACUAUAAGGCCACAUACAGUCUCAUACGACUGUAACUAUAAGGCCACAUACAGUCUCAUACAACUCAUUGAUAUUCCGGUGUAUGUCUCUCAUACAACUGUAACUAUAAGGCCACAUACAGUCUGAUACGACUGUAACUAUAAGGCCACAUACAGUCUCAUACAACUGUAACUAUAAGGCCACAUACAGUCUCAUACAACUGUAACUAUAAGGCCUCGCUGCUGCCAAUCUUUUGGUUAAUUUUUUAAAAUAAAUAUUAACAUUUUCUUGUUAGUCCUACCCUUAAAGUUUUACCGGACAUUUCAAGCCGAGCUCGUCCCAGGGAAAGGAAAAGUUCCUAUUUAGUGUUCCCAUAUUGAUACAAAGGACCAAAAGGCUUGGUGUACUCCCUUUCAUUUCCGUGCCGUCUGCCAUAGGUGUGAGGUCAAGUGUACGCGUUCAUAGGGGUGGUUGAGAAAUGUGUCCGUCUGAUUCAAUGAAGGCUCUCGUUAACUUGACCCGUAAGAAAAUCACCUAACGAUCGAGUCACUAAGCCACUAAGCAUGGAGGGUGCACUGUAACCUACAGGACAUACUUUGACUGCUUCAUUGACGGAUACACUGGCAACUUCUCUAUACAUUUGCAACCCAUCGGAAUUUUUUUUUUAAAUUGAAGAGUUGUUUUUUUUUUUUUGGGGGGGGGGGUUUGUGUUGAGGUGGUGGUAGAGAGAACAAAUAAAACUAUUUAACANUUGUCCCGUCAACUCUAAUCCGUAACAAUUGAUGCACUUUCAAAGACAUAGACAUUAAAAAAAAAACAUCCUUUCCAUUCUGAUCAUCUUUUUCAUUCCCCAACCCAGCAUUUCAACUUUGCACUAACAUGUUUUAAAAAGAAAACAGAAGAAGAGAAAAAGCGUCGCUUGAAACUCCUCCGCUGAAUAAGCUGCACUGUUGCACCUUUGACUUUGGUGGCGAAUGUCAUCGGGAUAUUUUCUGUCAACAGUCUGUUGAAUAGACUUUCUGGUCCCAGCCGUGUGGCGUGUGGCGGGGGGUCGCGCUUUAAUAGUUGCACGCCUUCUGCCAGUGGUCUCUGUACCAUUACACCAUCAAACCCAACCAUCAAUGUUGCCACAAAUGACAUCCACACCAUCAAGUAAAGCGACUGCACAAACUGCAAUGUCCAACUUUUGAAUGACCGUUACGACCAGUGGCGUGUCAAUGGAUAGUGCCAAUAUUUUUGUCACCCAAUUCUGCGAACCCCCCCCCCGGUCUUGGUUGAAAAUGCCGCCCCCCAGUAUAAUAAUAUAAGUGCCGCCCACGUCCGUCCGACCCCUCCGCUCCCCCCUUCCUACGCUUCUGAUUAAAUUUUGAAGAUACACAAAUUGUUUAAAAUAAGUCAUGAGGAUAAACAAAUCCACCAUCGGAUACCUUGAGGUAGACCUUUUACCCCAGGCCACUAUUCUGCGGAGUAUCUGUCAGAGGAUAGCAUGGGGAUCCCCGGUACGUUCAAAUAGUACUAACUAUGACUAAGCUACUCCGUAAAGGUGCACCGUUAUUGACGUGUGGUGAACGGACAAGAAUUUUUUUGGUAGGAGCUUUGGGGUGCGUCAAUAUGUAUAGUGUGGUGGUUGUUUUAGGGACAUACCGGUUAGCAAGUGGUUUGGGCGUUCAGGAAAAAAAAACUAUUUUAAAACCUAAACCGUUGGGUGUUAUUUCGUGUUUAGGCGUUGGUUCGGAUAGCAUGUCCCCCAUGCUGACAGGCUACGAGGCCAAUAAAACAUACGACAGGAUCUGGGGAUAAGGUGGGGGAGGGGGGGAGUCGAGGGCUGAUGUUGGGGGAUAUUUGUGAGAUUGAGAAAGUGAGGAUGGGCAUAAAAAUUGAGGAAAGGUGUUGGUUUGGGCGGAGGGGGGCCUUGGGGUAUUGGGCAGGUUUGGUGUUGGGGCAUUGAUCGUGUUUGGUGUUGGGGUAUUGGGCAGGUUUGGUGUUGGGGCAUUGGCCGGGUUUGGUGUUGGGGCAUUGGUCGUGUUUGGUGUUGGGGCAUUGGCCGGGUUUGGUGUUGGGGCAUUGGUCGUGUUUGGUGUUGGGGCAUUGGUCGUGUUUGGUGUUGGGGCAUUGGUCGUGUUUGGUGUUGGGGCAUUGACCGGGUUUGGUGUUGGGGCAUUGGUCGUGUUUGGUGUUGGGGCAUUGGCCGGGUUUGGUGUUGGGGCAUUGGCCGGGUUUCAUGCGGGCGACUUGGGGAAAAGGUAUAAGGGUUUACAUGUCAAUUUCCAAUGACAUAAUUGGGUUUUGCACAUCUGAUAAGACUCCAUAGGCAGAGAGCUUCCACCGGAAUCCGCCUCUGAGAGCAUAUUAUCUAUGCCCUGUGCCAGUGUAUUGUAAAAUUCAAUUAAUCUUGUCAGUGAUUUAAAAUAUGAGGAGUAAUCCCCACCCAAAGUCCCAUGCUUUGUCAAAACCGAACGUCCUCAAAGCGAAACCGCGCCGUGCGUCCCAUUUCCAUUGAGUUUUGAUGUCUUGUUUGGCUUCUCGUGACAGUGCUGUGUAAAUUGUUAUUGCACGUCUUGAAGUUUGAUGGAUGCAGUGCAGGGAGAUUACGGCACGCCGUGUCCGUUAUUCUCCAACGACGUGUGUUAAAAUGCUUGCUAAUGAUACAUGUCACAUGUGUUAGGGCCUGAUUAUACUGAGAGCGUUAAGGUUAUUAAACAGAUGUGUGUUGUGUUCACAUGAGACGUUAGAUAUUUAAAAAAAAAAAAAAGAUUUUUUAUAGAUGUGCUGUCGGGCGAGGAAAGUGUUUUAUCUGCUGUUCGGGCCGAGUUUCCGCCCGUAAGAAGCUGUCAGAUUGAGUGUGAUAAAUGUGCUUGCCGUCGCCGGCGGUUCUGAUAGGAUAUUGUGUCAUACCGUCGUGCCGCCCGUUGAACACGGAUAGUAGUGGUAUAUGAACACGGGUCUUAUACUAUAGUAAGAGGGAAUGCGGGUCGGCAUCCUUGCUCCAGUGAGCUGUGUCCUGCUGUACGAUUGACAUUUUAUAGUGAGGGCACUCGCAAAGACCCACUCCUUUGCUUCUCAUCCAGUGUUCGCGUACUGUUGUGUUACUCUGGUCCCAGUGCUGUCCCUCCGUAGGAUCUCCGUGGGUAUUCAUAUGCCUCGGGAUCGCCUGUUUGUAUACGUAGCUCGCAACGACUUUGAAAAUAGAUUUAUAAGGCGUGCGUCGUACCACCCAGGCUAUUUAAUAAAUGACUGUUCAGAGUUUCCCCAUCUCUCACCUACGACUUCUGCUCCAUGCGCCUGGUUCAGUGCUAUUUCGACGUCGGUAGAUUAUAAUUUAUGUCAGUCAUUAUCACCAAGCUCCUCACUGCUCACUUCCAGUGCUUCUAUUUUUUACCUGCGGCUGACUCAUCGUGAGUCGCGUGGUGUUGUACAACACCGGCAUCCAUCUAUCCGAGUCCUGAUAUCACUUUACCCUACUCAUUUUUUUUUUUCUGCAAUUUUUUGGUGUUUCCUAUCCGUUAAGAGAUAUGAUCGCUUUCAUAGUUUCUCACGUCUGACAGUCUGGUCAAAACUAACGCUGAACACCUCGCUGGCCUUAUGUACGCGUACCUGUCAGCUGUUUGAUGCUGUGUCAAAGAAGGUUAUCAUAAGCUAUGACAUAAGACUUUAUUGAGCUAAUUUAUACUUAUCUAUAUAUUUAGAGCACAUAUAAUUUUAGUGUAUGAAGGAAAUAGUUAAACUUCUCAUGUUGAAGCUUGGAAAAUUGGGCUUUAAAUAUGUAAACUUUUGAGCAAGUACACCAAGUUUGGAGCUUCUGGGAUUAUUAUUUUAGUAGUUAUGGUUUCACCAAAAAUGGACUAUUUGACAAAAUGAAAAAUAGCCAAUUUCCUAUCCAUUUUUAUCAAAUUUUGAAACUUCAUAACUUUUUUUUAUUUAUUGAGCUAUUGUAAUAAACCAGGUAUCAAAAUUCUUGUAUUAAAAAGUUCUAUCAAGUGAGAGUCCUUAAAACAGUCUACAUUUAAAGAUAAAUUUUGGUUUGGACUACCUAAAUAAAGGCUUCAACAUACCUAGUCACUCUGUUUCGUUCAAACAGCUUGAACUCAGCACUUCGUUUAUUAUCAUUUAGUAUAUGACGCAUCCACGAAAAGACGUCACUGGAUAGGCGUAAUACAAAAAAAAAAAAAUAUUUAAAAAAUAUGAAUGCUAAUAAAACGGUAUGAGUAAAUCAAGGGAAGUUACUCUCAUAAUGACACACCAUGCAAACGUCAAGUCAUGAAGAAAAAUGUCUAAAAAUAAAGUUGGUUACGUGAUCGCGUCAUCAUCUUUGUAACAUCAGUUGUUUGAUUAAUCAAGGCCAGAGGUUUGAUUAAUCAAGGCCAGAGGUCAGCGCUUAAAAACUUUGGCUGAACCCAGCACAUUACCCCCCCCCCCCUCCCCCCCCCCCACCCCCCCCCCNGGGCAGUGACGCGGUGCAUCCUAAUUAAAUACCUCCCUGGUCGAGCUCCCCAAAAUGGUGUCCCCCCCCCCCCCCAAAAAAAAACACGUAAUCUGCCGUCAUAAACCGUUGACAGUUGACCGACUUGACCUAUAUUUCCAAGGGAACCCCUCGUCGAUACUGCGGUGACAUCACUAGGAAAUACGCGGUCAGCGCUAUUUAUAGAUGAUCGGGAUUCACCCCCUGCUGACAUUGAUUAGUAAAAUUCAAUGUAUUUAUUUGUAGCGCGCCAAUAGGUAUUGGUGGUUGCCAUUUAUAAAUAUAAAUACUUUUUAAAAAAAUCAGUAAUAUGUCUUUGUUAUUGUGCUUGUAAAAAAAAAAGGGUUAAAAAAAAAUUAUCAACGUUUGGGGUUAAAGUUAUACUGGCGUUAUAGUUAUAAUAGCGUUAUUGCUAUACUUUCAUUAUAGUUAUGAUACUGAUAGCGUUAUAGUUAUGAUAGCGUUAUGCCCGUACUGUCAUUAUAGUCAUACUUUCAUUAUAGUUAUACUGGAGUUAUAGUUAUACAAGUUGAGAGGUCUGACCAAACCAUUUUGAGCUCUAGGCAUGGCUACGGAAAGAAACACAAAUCAAUAGCCCCAAUUUAAGAGGCAGUGAUUUUUGAUAGUUUAUGUCUUGCCACUUUCAACGACAAGUUGUUGAAGUUGACACAGGCAGCGCUCACUCUGUUAACAUAUUGGGACAUAUUUCAACAUCAUGUAUGGCUUGAUGUUCUGAGGUGAUGUUAACAACCGAUCUUAUGAGGAUGUUAACAACCGAUUUUAUGAGGAUGUUUACAACUGAUCUUUUGAUGAUUGUGAACAACUGAUCUUAUGAGGAUUUAAACAACUGAUUUUAUGAUGAUUGUUAACAACUGAUCUUAUGAGGAUGUUUACAACUGAUCUUUUGAUGAUUGUGAACAACUGAUCUUAUGAGGAUUUAAACAACUGAUCUUUUGAUGAUUGUGAACAACUGAUCUUAUGAGGAUUUAAACAACUGAUCUUAUGAUGAUUGUUAACAACUGAUCUUAUGAGGAUUUAAACAACUGAUUUUAUGAUGAUUGUUAACAACUGAUCUUAUGAGGAUUUAAACAACUGAUCUUAUGAUGAUUGUUAACAACUGAUCUUAUGAGGAUUUAAACAACUGAUUUUAUGAUGAUUGUUAACAACUGAUCUUAUGAGGAUUUAAACAACUGAUCUUAUGAUGAUUGUUAACAACUGAUCUUAUGAGGAUUUAAACAACUGAUUUUAUGAUGAUUGUUAACAACUGAUCUUAUGAGGAUUUAAACAACUGAUCUUAUGAUGAUUGUUAACAACUGAUCUUUUGAUGAUUGUUAACAACUGAUCUUUUGAUGAUUGUUAACAACUGAUAUUUUGAUGAUUGUUAACAACAUAUCUUUUGAGGAUUUAAACAACUGAUCUUAUGAUGAUUGUGAACUAAUUAUUGUAUGAUGAUUGUUAACAACUGAUCUUAUGAUGAUUGUUAACAACAGAUAUUAUGAUGAUUGUUAACAACUGCUCUUAUGAUGAUUGUUAACUACUUAUUGUAUGAUGAUUGUUAACUACUUAUUGUAUGAUGAUUGUUAACAACUAAUAUUAUGAUGAUUGUUAACAACUGAUCUUAUGAUAAUUAUUAACAACUGAUCUUACGAGGAUGUUAACAACUGAUCUUAUGAUGAUGUUAACAACUAAUCGUCUGCUGGUGUAAACAAAUGUUGUCGACAUCUGAUCUCAGGAUGAUAUUAACGACGACUCUUGAUGGGGCUGUUCUCAGUUGCUGUUCACCAAGCUGUAACGUAACCAAUACGUUCUGACCUAAGCACGUUGAUUCACAAAGUGCACUGGGAUGACAACACGUUCAACACGUGUAGUCCUAGUAUCAAGAACACUGAUCUGAUUGCUGCAGUUCUCCUGUGUAUCUUGGUGAGUCAACUACAGGAAAACCCCACAACUCACCUGGAAACAAUAAAUCCAUACUUACCCCACCCCCUUCUCUCUCUCUCUCUCUCUCUCUCUCUCUCUCUCUCUCUCUCUCUCUCGUGUACACCUCUCUCUUCGCUCGCGCCUGGGGAGCUCUUGGUAAAAAAGCGCUCCCCACCUUAUCAAGAACACUGAUCUGAUUGCUGCAGUGCUCCUGUGUAUCUUGGUGAGUCAACUACAGGAAAACCCCACACCUCACCUGCAAACAAUAAAUCCAUACUCACCCCACCCCCUUCUCUCUCUCUCUCUCUCUCUCUCUCUCUCUCUCUCUCUCUCUCUCUCGUGUACACCUGGCUCUUCGCUCGCGCCUGGGGAGAUCUUGGGAAAAAAGCGUUCCCCACCUUUAGUUGCGCGGGUGAGUAAAAACCAACCGGUCGUGAAUUCACCGCUAUAAAUAGUUGGUUGACAAUGGCGGUCAACGGGUUUUUUUUUAUUCGGCCAACGUCUGUGUUAUUUAAACGCCAUGCGAUCUGCCCGUUAGAUUGAAACAGAACUUGUUGAAGAAAUAAACCGGCUGGAUGUACCUAGGCCAGGAUGAACAGAUGCCUGCUCCCAACUCUUAGGGGAUAGUUAGGUACAACAACAAAAAAAUGGUGGUGGAAUGUGUGAGUCCUGGUGACGAGCAGUACCCGGGGCCACAGUUUCAGGUCUUUGUUGACGUAAGUAGACGGAUCUUGUUUGACAUUAGGUGCUUUGCUUUGUCCCAUUUAAAAAAAAAAUCAUCUAUAGGUAAAGGGGUGGAAGGGGUGUACCGUGUGUUAGGAUGGACAAUUGUAAUGUUAACAUGCCACAUUUGUGUUCAGUGGGUCGACACUGGUUGGUAACUUCAGCAAAAAGACUCUAUGUACCCAAUUUGUUGAUAUAAAUUAAAAUAUGGUGUUUGUAUAGUGAUUAGAAUGUAAGACUGAGACUCAUUCAUUAAGCCGGACCAGUAGACGCGCUCUCGUGUGACUUGACGUGGCGGUGUCAGGACUGGACGUGCACAACAUGUAAUGCCGACGUAAGACGGCGCGCAACAUGAUUUGUUUCCAAAGUAAGGCGGUGCUUAACAUAAACGGCGCGUAACAUGAUUUUGCCAAAGCAAUACGCUAGGUAAUAAAUGAUGAUGGAGUAAAACGGUGCUUUACAUGAUUUAGCAGGAGUAAGAUCGUGCGUAUUAGGAUUUUUCCGAAGUAUCACAGUGGGUAGCAUGAUUUUUCCGAAGUAAGACGGUGGGUAACAAAUGUUGCCGAAAUAUGACGGGGAAUAAUUAAAAUUUCAUCCUAUUUUACAUUCACAUCACUCAAAUGUAUAACUAUCAACUGCGGUUAACUUUAUUUCUUUUAUAACUGAAACAUGUCCACUAAAGAACAGUUGCUUCACGAUUUGCUGUAUGGGUAUCAUUAUGAGAGUUACUUCCCUUGAUUCACUCAUUUCUUCAGAUUCCUUCAAUUGUAAUAUAUUCCUGACCCACCUUCUAACACCUUUAGUGAAAUAAAUAGAUUUGGUUAUCUCAGCGUGGAGGAGAGAACGGUCAAUCUUUCAAAAGUUUGCAUACUUUAAAUAAUACACCUUAUUGUAAUCCUGCUAACCCCCAGUCACUUUGUUGUAUUUUAAAUACCACCCAGUAGGCAUUUCGUCUUCACACCCCGUUAUAAUCCAGCACUUGACCUACCUGAGUGGGAGCGCGGGGCGGGACUUGCUUGUGGAUUAGUCAGCUGUCACGCCGUACGACAUAGCGAAAGUCUCAGAGUGUAUCAGUGAGUGUAUCAGUGAGUGUAUCAGUGAGUGUAUCAGUGAGUGUAUCAGUGAGUGUAUCAGUGAGUGUAUCAGUGAGUGUAUCAGUGAGUGUAUCAGUGAGUGUAUCAGUGAGUGUAUCAGUUCUGUAUAAAGUGAUGGGAUUUUGAAAUAUGGCAGCGUCUUAUCUAUGCCACCCAGAGUCAGGAGCUAAGCCGCAGUGUUGAGUUUUCUAUGUCUGUGCACAGGAGACGCUGGCCUCCAUGUUACCCUAGCGAUUCUGUCCUUGCAUCUAUUGGGCUGAAAUCCUAAACAUAACAUUGUGAUGUUGGAAGUUCAUUUAAAAUCAGAGUACAUACAGUACAUCGUACUCGUUCGUGUACAGUUGUGUGUUAAGCACGAAACAGACUGGUUGCCUAAACUGUUAGCUAAUACAGUUCUCGUUGAAGCUAGGUCGUCCAACGAACCUGCCCCCCCCCCCCCAAAAUCGCAACCGCACACACACGCACGCCCACACACACGCACGCCCACACACACGCACACACACACGCACGCCCACACACACGCACGCCCACACAGUGUAUUGUCGUAUAUUGACAUUAGGAUGGGCUUGAGUUUGAGAUUAACCAACGUUGUUUCUAUAUCAGUUCUGUUAUAAUCCGUAUUAAACUCACACGCUCAAAUUAAAGCAAUCCUUGUCAGACCAGGCCAGGGUUUACCUAUUGGGUGGGCAGUUCAUAACCAAGCCCCCCACCCCCUACCGCUCCACAGACCUGCCCAAUAUAAACAAAAACAUUCUUGGCAUGCCGGGGUCAUGUUUACAUUCACGCCAGGUCCUUCUGGUUUGGCCCUUGAAAAGUUGCAACCAGGUGAUAGGGCUGUGGUGGUUGGGGGGGGGGGCUUACUGCUACUGAACUGUGACCUCAAUCAGUUGCACUCCUUUAGUUCUAUGUCCGGUCUCCUUGGCCCAAAACCUCGAUUUAAUUUGGUCCAGUUUAAUUGAAUGUAAUUUAGUUGUCCCACGCGAUUAGCUCAAACUAUACUAUGCAAAUAAAUGGGAGUUGACAAGAAAAUAAGAUAAUUAUCCAAUGCUUGCUGAGCCUACUGUUCAAGUGAAACUUUUAACUACUAACUGGGACCAUUUACUACGUCUAGUUGAGACCAUUUACUGUUUUUUAAGGGUAUAAUUACUUCUAGUUAAAACUUAAUAAUUAGUUCUAGUUAAAGUUAAAACUUACUUAUUACUUCUGGUUAAAACUACCGACUACCACCAGCUAAUAAGAAAAAUAAAAAGUCCAGACUUUAUAUAUAUAUAAAUGUAUAUAUAAUAAAUGUAUAUAAAUAUCAAUAUGUAUAUAUAUAUAUGUAUAUAUUAUACAUUAUCAGCACUGACACUUUUGAAGUGGAAAUGGGCCAACAUCUAUCCAUUUCGGCCUAAAGACAUCCAUUGAUGUUUGGUGUGUUUAUUUACAGCACCCGGUUGUCGACAGUGAUAGAGAUUUGGGACUGUUGUAUUGUGGAAGUGGCUAAUACUGUUUGUAUGCGACAGCGACAUAACUUGGCCAUGACGCGAAUGUGAUCAAUAAAGUGGCACAUCUGUUAGGUCUUUAGGACGUAAGCCUUCAAUGGGGUCCCACGGCAUGUCUACAAUCUUCCCUCUCAUUGCGCCUAGUUGGUAUAUUAUUAGAAACGUUCGGUUAACUAACGUCUCCUGCUAUAUGACAGCGUCAGCCAGUUAUCUUAUUGGGGUGCAUACGUUUAGCAGGUAUGAGUUCUUUUUGUUUUUGGGUGACUCAGCUUGAUGGGGAGAUAGUCGAUAUUAUAGUUGCACUGGGAACGUAUGGGGAAGAAACGUAAUCCAUCUAUGUUUGAAAUACCGCGUUAGAGGGUAUUGGAUAAUCUCAAGGCUCACAUUUCACGACAUUGGUGGUUGGCCAAGAGAAACCGAAAUUAGGCUUUAAGAAAGGGGGGGGGGGGGAGGUGGGGGGGAUGCAAGGGUGUGUGGGGAACAGUUUGUUUUGUCAUUAUUUGUGGAUUACUCUGAGAAAGUGAUUUUUUUUUUAAAGAUGGUCGACAUUGGUGGUUGGCCAAGAGAAACCGAAAUUAGGCUUUAAGAAAGGGGGGGGGUGGAGGUGGGGGGGAUGCAAGGGUGUGUGGGGAACAGUUUGUUUUGUCAUUAUUUGUGGAUUACUCUGAGAAAGUGAUUUUUUUUUUAAAGAUGGAUUGAGAUGUCAUGUGGCAUGCAGCAAUAAGACAUUGCGAAAGUUAUUCCUUAGUCUACUUGUCUGUCGACUAGUUUUGGUACUUAGUUUCAAUUUGUAUCAAAUUUGAACAUUUUUAAAUAUUUUUUUUCCUUGUUUAUAUAUUUUUUUUCAAUUCAAAAAAAUUUCACAUCCUAGUUUUCAUUUUCUCUGUUACCCGGUACCACUAAGACGUGUCCCUUUUCCGAAAAUUGCUACGCAAACGAUUUAUUAGGUCCGACUUCAGAAAGGCAUUUUAUAACUGUUAUUGAUAGAUUUAAAACUUUUGUAUUUAAAUAACAUAUGUUGACACUUACCUGAAACUUAUUAAAUUUGGCAGCAACUUAAUUUUAUAAAUGCACUAACUGCAUGUCGAUGUUAUAGUGUGGUGGUCGUGCAUGACUUUUAAGAACCACUGAUUUGUGUGUCUGUUCAAUUGAAAUCCAUUUUGAUACAUGAUCAUCAAAAAAAUCGGCCUUCUGCGGUGAUCUUUUCAGUCCUUUAUUCUCCGCCCGAGGGGAUUUUAAACUCAAUGUCCCUUUAGAUUUUUUUUUUUGGAUAUGUGCCUGCAUAAUCUCAUUUCAAUUGGUCACAUAUUUCGUGUGCAGUAUUGGUUUUUUUAAGGAAUGUAUGUUGAGAGCUGACCCAGGCAUGCUGGUCGAACUUCUUAUUCUACUUACUCUGUCAGACGCAACAUUUUUUUUUGUGUCAGUUACUUUCUAAGUCUGUUUGGGAAUAUUUUGUCAGCACAUUACAUGCUGUGUUUCACCAGUGGUGUGGUUGUUACAGACAUUCAUUUACCGUCAUAAGGUGUUGACCAAUACAUGAAAUCGAACUCGAUUGUGUGUGUGCUUGUGAUUCUGCAGGCUGUGCUCAUAACCUAACAUUAAUAAGGAGAAUGAAGUACUUUAAUAGCAGCUAUGUGAUCCGAUUAUUUAAAGACAUGAGCGCUAGCCUAACCGUAAGGAGAAUGAAGUGCUUGAGUAAAUGCGUGACAUUGUUGGAAAUCAAAUAAACGAUUCACAUACAUUCCUGGAUAUUUUGAAGAACACGCCUGAUUGAAUGUGAGAAACUUGAACCAUGGUGAAAAGCACCUCCAUUUGAACAUUGAGUUUGUUGAACCUGAACUGAGACAGCACGCGCCAGUUUGCACGUUUUAGUGCACAUUGUGUUAUGGAUUUGUGAGUGUGCAGCUUCUUCAUCAUAACGGAAAUUGGGUUUGUUAACAAUUUGUUGUUGCUAUAAAAAGCCCCUGCCAGGUGUGACAUGUGUUGUCGGAAAUACAAUUGUCAAUGAAGAUCAAGUCCCUAUAACAGCUGCCGUGUUCGCCGCCCUCACUGUUUGAACCUACACGUUUGGGGGGUGCAUCUAUCCUUUUGGUUGGGCUUCGUAUCUCUUUUUUUUUUUCCUUGACCACCCCGCCGCCAUGGAAUCAUCGCACCCUAACAAGCUGAGCCCCCAGAGCAGUAGUGACGAGGAUGACGUUUUUCUAUCAUUUGAAGAAGAGGAUGGUGCCGAAGCUUCAACCACCACAGACGAGUUUGGACGCAGUGGUGACACUCAGGUGCCCGGUGGUUGGAACGUGGCUGCUCCUUGUGCAAGAGAAGAUGAGGGAUUUCUUCCUGGGUUCGCCAAAAAAAAUGAUCCUUUGGGAUCUCAUCAUGAGGUGUGCUAUGAUGUCACAUCUGACGGGGGAUCGCCUCACCCACAGGCUAGUGGGGCGACACAUACAGACACUGAGAGUGUUCAUACACAACCCGAAGAGCGGUGCACUAGGGAUGUCUCAUUGAACGCUACUAGACGUGCAGCAGACACUUGCAGUGUCAGUGCUGAGGUUCGUAGUAACGCCAUUCGAAGAAAUCAGUUAACUGGACACCAUGAGCCUCCAGUGAGAUCCGACGGUCUGAACAACAGGGAUCAGGUGAGCGAGACGGAGGAGUACUUUGAGACCAGGACAAGUGUGUCCAGUUCACUAGCAACAAGCAGUAACCCGUCUUUUGAAGAAUAUGGAGACACAUUGGAUUCAGGACUGGGUGGCUGUCUACCCUCAGACCUGCAUGCACUAAAAGAUUCAGAUUUAGUGGAUUGUGUACAGUCAGACUUAAGUGUACCAUCAGACUUAUGCGUACUUAAUGAUCCAGAGCUUGGUGCAUGUGUACCCUCAGACCUACAGUUACUUAAAGACUCAGAAAUAGGUGAUUGUGCACCAUCAGACUUGUGUGAACUUUGUGAUACUGAACUGGAUAAUGGAGAUUGUGCACCAUCAGACUUAGGGGUACUUAGUGUACUUAGUGAUUCUAAACUGGAUAAUUGUGUAUCCCAAGACCCUCAUAUACAUGAUGAUUCAGAAUUAGGUGGAUGUGUACCUUUAGACUUGCGUGUACUCAACGAUUCUGUGGACGGCGGUUGUAGAAUAUUAAUUACAUCCCUUACAAAAAGCCCUGAAAUAGUCCAUAGUCAAUCGUGCUCUUUGUUCACAAGAGACUCUUCUCUUCAAGGGAACGAAACUGUGGUUCCUGAUCAAUGUUGUGAUAUAUCAUCCCAUUGCCAACCCAUAUACCCAUCAGGUCCUUCAAGAUACCAGUCACAUGAAGCUGAGCUUAAUAAAUACAGUAUUGCAUUGCCUGAAGCUCUACAAGACUGUGCUUCACCAGAGCCACUUGACUUGUCCAUAGCCAUUCAGGAUACACAAAUCUCCAUACAGAGACCAUCAGGAGCAGGAGAAGCAUGUUUGUGUUCAGAGAUUCCAUUAACUAAGGAUGUAAAUGCAACACCAAGAUUAGAUUCACAAAUGGAAAUAUCAGUCGACACAUAUCAACAGUUGGAAACAGCAUCUACCCCUGAGUCUGUAGAAACAGCAUCCAUUCUAGGGUCACAACUUGAAACAUCAGUCAACACGUAUCAACAGUUGGAAACAGCUGUAACGCCUUUGCAGAUAGAAACACUGUCAGUUCCACCCACACAAUUAGAAACAUCACAUGCCUUACUCACCCAACUAGAAACACCGUCAGUUCCACCCACACAAUUAGAAACAUCACCUGCCUUACUCACCCAACUAGAAACACUGUCAGUUCCACCCACACAAUUAGAAACAGCACAUGCCUUACUCACCCAACUAGAAACACCGUCAGUUCCACCCACACAAUUAGAAACAUCACCUGCCUUACUCACCCAACUAGAAACACCAUCAGUUCUAACCACACAAUUAGAAACAUCACAUGCCUUACUCACCCAACUAGAAACACCAUCAGUUCUAUCCACACAAUUAGAAACAUCACCUGCCUUACUCACCCUACUAGAAACACCAUCAGUUCUAUCCACACAAUUAGAAACAUCACCUGCCUUACUCACCCAACUAGAAACACCAUCAGUUCUAUCCACACAAUUAGAAACAUCACCUGCCUUACUCACCCUACUAGAAACACCAUCAGUUCUAUCCACACAGUUGGAAACACCACCCACCUUACAAUUAGAUGCAGUGACAGAAACACCAUCAUCAGGGGUAUGUCAGUCACCUGAGCCACCUGCAAACACAUUCAGACCACCUGAUACAGAAUCAACCACCUCAACAUCACUUGAAACACUAUCAAGGACAUCCCCCCAACUGAACACUCCAUCUUGGACAUCAAGUCCACUCCCCUUAGACUCACCCCUAGAAACUACUACAAGCUUGACAGUAUGGGAAGAAAAAAAUGGAAAAGAAAUAGUUGAAAAAGAUAUUGAGACACAUAGUAAUGCUGAAGGACUAGAUUUAAGAAAACAUUACAUGCAAGGAGAUGGAAGUAUUGUUGAAGGAGAAGAAGUUGUAGUAGAACUGAAGGAAAAUUUAAAAAAAAUAGAACAAAAUACAGAUGCAAACAAAGGCUGUAUAGAAGCCUGUGGUUUAGUUGAGAGGGAGAUCGGCUGUGUAAAUAAUUUUGAAGCUGAGGAAUUAGAAAAGGUUAGAGAUAAUGUAGAGGAGCAAAAAGUGCAGCUUAUAACACAAGAAGAAUUUGUGGAGGAUGAAAUGAUACAAGAGAAAGAUGAAAGUGAAGAGCAUGAUCAAUUUGUACUAAAGCAGGACGAUGCAAUCUCGGAGCAAGAACAUGAGAAUGAAAUUGUAGAAGAGCAGCAAUAUGAAAUUGUGGGGCAUGAAGAAAAAUAUGAAAUUGUAGAAGAAUGGGAUGAAAUUGUGGAGAAAAAACAGAAAGGGGAAAUAGAAGAAGAACUGGAAGAUGAAAUUGUAGAAGAGCAAGAUGAAAUCUUAGAAGAACAAGUAGGUGAAAUUUUAAAAGAGCACAAAGAUGAAAAUGUAGAAAAACAAGAAGAUGAAAGUAUAAAAGAACAAGAUGAAAUUAAAGAAGAAAAAGAUGGAAUUAUAGAUAAACAGGAAGAUAACAUUGUUGAAGAACAAGAAGAGGAAAUUGUAGUACACGAUGAAAUUGUAGAGGAAAAAUAUGAAAUGGAAGAAGAACAUGAAGAUGGAAUUGGAGAACAAGAAGAUGAAAUUGAAGGAGAACAAGAAGAUGAAAUUAAACAAGAACAAGAUGAAAUCGAAGAAGAACAAGAUGAAAUAGUAAAAGAACAGGAAGAUGAAAUUGUAGAAGAGCAAGAUGAAAUCUUAGAAGAACAAGUAGGUGAAAUUUUAAAAGAGCACAAAGAUGAAAAUGUAAAAGAGCAGGAAGAUAAAAUUGUAGAUGAACAGGAAGAUAACAUUGUUGAAGAACAAGAAGUUGAAAUUUUUCAACAAGAUGAAAUUGUAGAAGAACAAUAUGAAAUAGUAGAAGAAAAUGAAAUAGAAGAAAAAGAUGAAAUUGUAGAUGAACAUGAAGAUAACAUUGUUGAAGAACAAGGAGAUGAAAUUGUACAACAAUAUGAAAUUAUAGAUGAACAAGAUGAAAUAGUAGAAGAACAAGAUGAAAUUUUGGAAGAACAAGAAGAUGAAAUUAUAGAAGAACCAGAUGAAAUUAUAGAACAAGAUGAAAUUGUUGAUGAACAAGAAGAUAACAUUGUUGAAGAACAAGAAGAUGAAAUUGUAGAAGAACAAGAUGAAAUUGUAGAAGAACAAGAUGAAAUAGUAGAAGAACAAGAUGAAAUUAUGGAAGAAAAAGAUGAAAUUAAAGAACAAGAAAAUGAAUUUGAAGAACAACAAGAAGAUGAAAUUAUAGAAGAAAAAGAUGAAAUUAAAGAACAAGAUGAUGAAAUUGAGCAAGAACAAGAUGUAAUUGAAGAACAAGAUGAAAUUGAAGAAGAACAAGAUGAAAUUGAAGAAGAACAAGAUGAAAUUGAAGAACGAGAUGAUGAAAUUGAAGAACGAGAUGAUGAAAUUAUUGAAGAACAAGAUGAAAUUAUAGAAGAACAAGAUGAAAUAGUAGAUGAACAGCAAGAUGAAAGUGGAGAAGAUGAAAAUGAAAUUGAAGAAGAACAAGAUGAUGAAAUUGUAGAAGAACAAAGAGAUAAAAGUGAAGAACAAGAAGAUGAAAUUGAAGAACAAGAAGAUGAAAUUGAAGAAGAACAAGAUGAAAUUGAAGAAGAACAAGAUGAAAUUGAAGAACAAGAAGAUGAAAUUGAAGAAGAACAAGAUGAAAUUGAAGAAGAACAAGAUGAAAUUAUAGAAGAACAAGAUGAAAUAGUAGAUGAACAAGAUGAAAUAGUCGAUGAACAAGAUGAAAUAGUAGAUGAACAAGAUGAAAUAGUCGAUGAACAAGAUGAAAUAGUCGAUGAACAGGAAGAUGAAAGUGAAGAAGAUGAAAAUGAGAUUGAAGAACAAGAUGAAAUUGUAAAGGAACAAGAUGAAAAUGUAGAAGAGCAGGAAGAUGAAACUGUAGAAGAACAGGAAGAUGAACAUGUAGGAGAGCAGGAGGAUGAACAUGUUGGAGAGCAGGAAGAUGAAAAUAUAGGGGAGCAGUAUACAUUUCUGAAAGAGCGGAACUUGUUAGGAACCGAGGCAAUUUUUUAUAGUGAUGAAGAAAUAUCCCCUUGUCCUGAAAAAGAUUUAAAUAAACUACCUCCAAAUGGUAGAAUUUUGCAAAAAGUUUUGGAAUCUGAACAUGAGGAUACUCAAGACAACUUCUUUACUGACAAUUCUGUAGCAUCAAGUGAAAUAAUGACACCCCCCUCUCAAACUGAUAAAAUUCCUUUAGUUCCAUGGGCCCCCUUUAAUCACAAUAAAACAAUGAGCGCCUCUGAAUUAAACCAACAUUUACAUAGAGCUCCACUGGCAAUACAGACUGAAGAAACUCAUCCCAAUUUAUUUAAUGUCUCAGAUUUGUCUGGGUUUGCACACCGGCUCCCCUCGUGCGUGGACAAACGCGAUCCCCCUUCAUUGACCGGCCUCACUGAGACCACACACAGACAUUACCUGACCCCCGUCGACAUGAUUAUACAGGAGACUUGCGCUGACAGUGAUGACCAUUCUGAUGACUCUUUGAUCCAACUUACAGAUGAUGAGGAUGACAACAUAAGCGUGGACAGCCUUGGUGAACAGGCUGAUCAACCACCGGUGAGGACAGACGGAGGCACCAUCAGGCCAACCAGCAUGCUGAGUGUUGGGAACCCAAGGCUGAAACCUGGACCCGACUGUUACGGGAUGGGGUACCAGGAGCCGCCAGUGCCGCACGUCACCUACGACAGUUUGGACAGCCACCACAUGGAUGACAUGGACGACAGGUCAAUGUCGUUGUCUAGUUCAAGUGGCUAUUUCAGUCACCAGAUCGACAGCCUGGAUUUUUAUCCAGUCGAUAGUUUAUCAACCAAUGUGUUGGAUAGUUCGGAUUAUUUCUGUGCAGAUAGUUUAGUGACUCCGACAAUGGAUAUGGCUGGUGUUCAUAAUCUUGAUAGUUUAGUCACGCCAACAAGGAAUUACGUGGAUGUGUAUGAUAUGGAUGCUUCUUUAACGCCAACUGCGGAAAAUAUUGGUAUCUCUUCUAUGGAUAGUUUGGCCACCAUUUGUGUGGAUAAUUCCAAUUUGUGUUCAUUGGAUAGGUUUGAAUGUCAUCAGCUGGAUAGUUUAGCUACCAACAAAAUGGAUAGUUUUGAUCAUCACCAAAUAGAUAGUUUAAAUUUUUCCCAAGCUGAUAGCCUAGUCACAAGUCUCAUGGAUAGUCUAGCUACUUGUCAUAUGGAUAGUCUAGCUACAAGUCAAAUGGACAGUCUAGCUAUAAGUCUCAGGGAUAGUCUAGCUACAAGUCAAAUGGACAGUCUAUCUAUAAGUCUCAGGGAUAGUCUAGAUACAAGUCAUAUGGAUAGACGCCAUUACGAUCCUGUGGAUAGCCCAGAUUUGCACAACUUGGAAAGAUUAAAACAGCUUGAGGAUAAACUUUUGCAAAUCAGUGCUACACACUUGUCACCAAGCGAUAGCUUAGAGGUUCAUGAAGAUGAUAGCUUAGAUGAAGAGGAGGAGUAUCCAUGGUACAGUAAGGCUAGUGCAGUGAGAAGUCUAGGAGGACAUCAGCCACUGUCAGAUGAAGGGGAACAGGUUUGUUAUUUGAUACACACGCAGUGCCUUUUUUUCAUGUUUUAUGUCAAGUUAGUUUGUUCAUAUUUUAAGCAUAAGGUCAGCUUAUUUCAUUCUGUUAUUUUGUAUAUUCAUUUAGUUUAAAUGUAUUAUUUUGUGUUGUAUGGUCUGUUUUUAUUUGAUGCUGAUUCACUUCAACAUAAUCACAAUGUAUAUGACUGGAAAGGGACAUUGAAUAUCAACAUUUGACCAUUUGUCUUGUAGAGUCAGAGAAUGGAUAGAAAAAUGGCUUUUUCUUCUUUAUACUAAUUUUAUGAAGAAGAGUUAAAAAUCAAAUGAUUAAAUCCAGACACGUGCGCCUCGGUCAUAGCCCAUCUUACUCUUACUACUACAACAUAUAUUGCAUGCUGCAUAUUUAUUUUUAAUAAUUAAAAGUUUGUUGAGUAGUUAAGUAAUUCUUGUAUUUGGAUAUUUCUUACCAUUUGUUUGUGAAUUCCAUAGUUUGUGAAUCCUACUUGCCCCUCCUGCACCUUCCUAUUUAAACAACCUUCCCACCCCUAACUGCAACUCACCUCUUAAUCAAUUUUUUUGUAUGUUGUUGAAUAAAAAUUACUUUUCAUAAUCAGUGGCUCACGGUUUCAAAUGCAUUAUGAACUGAGAAACUAUGUGGUGGUGUAUUGUCAUUGUGAAUUCAUUUUUUACAAAAUAUUUUUCGUUUUUCUGUUUUAGGCCAAGCUGCGCUCCUCACUUUCUUGGCUCCUGUCUAAAGUCUACGGAAGCAAUGUUCCCAAAGAACUGCAGGAUCCUUUUUAUCAAACAGCUGAGGUAAAGAAACUUUUCCCCCUUUUUUAA